GUCAGAUAGCAGGGUUACUCGACGUUGGCAGCAACCAAUCAGCGUAGAGAGGGUCAGUGCGCCCCUCAAGAGGGCCACAAGCGCGGACACACGAUAGACAGAACACAAUACACACAAUCAUCAACAUCCAUCACUUUUGUGCAAUAUCUCAUUAUAUCUGACAAUUAAGAGUCUCACUGCCUCAAUAACGAGCGAUAAAACCACGAAAAUGGCAACAAUCCAGACCCAACGGGACGCGACGGUCAUCCUCACCGACUCAAGCAACUGGAUCCCUUGGUACCGCCAACUUAAGCUGAAAUGCCAGUCGCAAGGCAUUUGGCCACUGUUGGACCCCGAAGGAGUGCGACUCCAGCGCAUCCAACCGGAGGCUCCGCUACCCCCAGACAUUUCGCAGUAUGAACCGUCAAGUAGCCCCUCAGCUGCCUCAUCGCAUACCACCCGAAACGCUAGAGGCAACACGCGAGGAUCAGCACAAGACACUACAGAAAUGUCGACAACAACCUCACGAAUCCCCACUAUACCAACGCGAGUGUCAGAACUCUCAGAGAAAGGACAAGAAGCGUAUAAGGAGGAUCGCGACGACUACAAGCUGCGCCUUGAGUCAUACAAAAUACGGGAGAGGGACUAUCAAGAAGAAAGCAACAAAAUCUCAAAGAUGGUCGAACACAUCCUUACAACCGUAACACCCCAUUUACAACUUAGCUGUUGCGCCGAGAACGGCACGCCGCGCGACUGGAUAACCGCCCUCCAAGACACAGUUGGAGUGGAUGAAGACGAGGAGAGAGCGCGAGCACGAGAGAGAUACCAAGCCGCACUCAAGCCAAUGCGUUCAACCACAAACUGGGAGACGUGGCUAAAUGAAUACGAUCAGGCUGCAACUCGAGCUGAAACCCUUGAGGUGGCCGAGGUUAUGCAAACACAAGCCGUAAUAGACGACUUCCUAGGCUCCGUAUCUAAAAUGGCAUCAACCUGGACCGCAGGGUUCCAAGGGCCAGGGUACGAUAAGAAAGCCAUGAAUAGGAAAAGGAUGAUGAAACUCUUCCGUGAAUAUAUGAGUCUUCAAUAUCCAUCAAGAGGGAAGCCAAAGAGCGCCUUCGCGGUAGGAGACUUAUACGCGGCGAGCGGUGAACCCGACUCGGACACACUGAGGGACGCCUCUAGUGUGGAAUUAAGAGCGCCAUCCAACCAAGGCCGGGGAAACCCUAGGCAAUCAAACAAACGCAAGAUGGAUGGUCAAAGUACCAGAACCAAGCAGAUCCCGGAGAGGAAUUCAGCGAAAGCUGGAGACAUAUGUCCUGCCUGUGAACAGCGUCAUGAGAUAUCUGACUGCUACUAUGUGAACAAAGCCAAGGCACCUGAAUGGUUCAAGCCAAAUCGAGGCAUCGCAAGAUUAGUACAGUACAAACUUGAAAAUGACACCAACUUACAGAGAACGAUGCAGGAAAUGUCCCCAGAGACUAAACGACCUCGAUUCUCGACAACGUCACGAUCGAUUACACCUCAUAUCAAGACAUCACAAACACCGGACGCAGUCAUUGAAUGA